CUCUCUGCGGCCAACCAUCCUUUGACUCCUCAAUGCGAUAUGGACCCCAGCAGUUCUGAAGAGUUCUACCAAGCCGUACACCAUGCUGAGCAGACCUUCAGAAAAAUGGAAAGCUACCUGAAGCAACAACAACUCUGUGAUGUUAUUUUGAUUGCUGGGAACCGUAAGAUACCUGCACAUAGGCUUGUUCUCAGCUCAGUUUCAGAUUACUUUGCUGCCAUGUUUACAAAUGAUGUUUGUGAAGCCAAGCAAGAAGAAAUCAAAAUGGAAGGCAUUGACCCUGGCGCACUUUGGGAUCUUGUUCAGUUUGCAUAUACAGGUUGUUUGGAACUUAAGGAAGAUACAAUUGAAAACCUUCUGGCAGCUGCCUGUCUUCUUCAACUCCCUCAAGUAGUUGAAGUGUGUUGUCAUUUCCUCAUGAAGCUUUUACAUCCAUCCAACUGUUUGGGAAUCAGGGCAUUUGCAGAUGCUCAAGGUUGCACAGAACUUAUGAAGGUGGCUCACAGUUACACCAUGGAGAACAUAAUGGAGGUUAUUAGAAACCAAGAAUUUCUACUGUUACCAGCAGAGGAACUGCAUAAACUUCUUGCCAGUGAUGAUGUGAAUGUUCCUGAUGAAGAAACCAUUUUCCAUGCCCUAAUGAAGUGGGUGAAAUAUGACUUGCAAAGGAGAUGUAAUGACUUGAGUAUGUUGCUUGCCUACAUCCGUCUACCACUUCUUCCACCGCAGAUUUUAGCUGACCUAGAAAACCAUGCACUUUUUAAAGACGACUUGGAAUGUCAGAAGCUGAUUCUGGAAGCCAUGAAAUACCAUCUUUUGCCAGAAAGACGAACUCUUAUGCAAAGUCCAAGAACAAAGCCGAGGAAAUCCACCGUUGGGACUUUGUAUGCUGUUGGAGGAAUGGACAACAAUAAAGGUGCUACAACCAUCGAGAAGUAUGAUCUUAGGACCAAUAUAUGGAUUCAGGCUGGAGUAAUGAAUGGAAGGAGGCUACAGUUUGGUGUGGCUGUUAUUGAUGACAAGCUGUUUGUUAUUGGGGGCCGGGAUGGCUUAAAGACAUUAAACACUGUUGAAUGUUACAACCCAAAGACAAAGGCAUGGACGGUCUUGCCUCCAAUGUCUACUCACAGACAUGGCUUAGGAGUUACUGUUCUUGAAGGGCCCAUUUAUGCAGUAGGAGGUCAUGAUGGCUGGAGCUAUUUGAAUACAGUCGAGAGGUGGGACCCCCAAAGUCAACAGUGGACCUUUGUGGCCAAUAUGUCUAUUGCCAGAAGCACCGUUGGGGUGGCAGCUUUAAAUGGCAAAUUGUAUUCAGUUGGUGGCCGAGAUGGAAGUUCUUGUCUGAGUUCUAUGGAGUAUUAUGAUCCUCACACCAAUAAGUGGAACAUGUGUGCUCCAAUGUGCAAGAGAAGAGGAGGAGUUGGAGUGGCGACCUGCGAUGGUUUUCUUUAUGCCGUCGGAGGCCACGAUGCUCCUGCAUCAAACCACUGCUCCAGACUCUUGGAUUAUGUUGAAAGGUAUGACCCCAAAACUGAUACGUGGACAAUGGUGGCCCCAUUGAGCAUGCCUCGUGAUGCUGUUGGGGUCUGCAUCCUUGGUGAUAAAUUAUAUGCAGUAGGUGGAUAUGAUGGCCAGACAUACCUAAACACGAUGGAGUCAUAUGAUCCACAGACAAACGAGUGGACACAGAUGGCAUCUCUAAAUAUUGGAAGAGCUGGGGCCUGCGUCGUAGUCAUAAAGCAACCGUGA